CCAGCUCGACCCCACGGGCCCCCAGGGGGAAUUAAAUCGACAGCUUCGAAGAGCAUGGUGGCUCGGAUGUGGUCUCUCAUCGCACCGUCCAAUCCGUGCUCUUCAAUGGGUCUGCCGAAUCGCAGGUCGUUCACCCGCCCGGAGGACGGACUUUGGGAUGAUGUCAUCCUUGCGGGCAAAACACCACCAUGAACCGAAAACCUUUAUAAGCGGCGGUAUCAUCCUCCUGAUUCAUCGUCUCCUCGCCCCCGCCCGUCUUCGCGAACCAUUCGGCCACACCCUACUCUUCUUUCAACAUGGUGCUCUUUCACGCGAAAGGAAUGCCAAUUGGCUAUGUGGCCGUAAUGCUUGCCCUCGUGGCAUCCAUAGGAGGAUUUAUUUUCGGUUAUGACACAGGACAGAUUUCGGAUAUCCUUCUCAUGCCAGAUUUCCUACAACGCUUUGCAACAUGUACAGAUCCUUCCGACUCGUCUACAUGUGCUUUCAGUACAGUACGUGAAGGUCUCAUCGUCGGUCUGCUCUCUAUCGGUACUCUCAUUGGCGCGCUUGUUGGUGCUCCAACGGCCGACUUCUUCGGUCGCAGACGUGCCAUGCAAAUGGAAUGUAUGGUCUUCAUCGUCGGCGUCAUCAUCCAACUCUGCUCCUUCAGCUCGUGGGUCCAAUUCGCCCUUGGCCGCUUGAUUGCAGGCUGGGGUGUUGGUGCUCUCAGCGCUGCCGUCCCCCUGUAUCAGGCUGAGACCGCUCCGCCACAAAUCCGUGGAACUUUGACCGCCACCUACCAGUUGUUUAUCACCUUCGGUAUUCUCGUUGCGUACUGCAUCUCUAUCGGAACAAGAAACCUCGGCGGCGCAAGUUCAUGGCGUACCGUGGUCGGCAUCGGUAUCGCUUGGCCAGCCCUCCUCAUCACUGGUAUCCAGUUCAUGCCAGAGUCUCCGCGUUGGCUUGCCGGCAAGGGCCGAUUUGACGAAGCUAGAGCCUCAAUAGCCCGUGUGCGAGGUGUUCCUGUCGAAGAAGCUGGUCAGCACACUGCCAUCCUCCGCGAGGUAGACGAGAUUCGGGAGAAUGUCGUGUAUGAGGCCAAGGUCAAGGGUGGAUGGAUCGAUUGCUUCAACCCGAACAGGAAGGUUCUUUACAGAACACUUCUAGGAAUGAGUCUGCAGUCUCUCCAGCAACUCACUGGUGCCAACUACUUCUUCUACUAUGGUGCCACGAUCUUCCAGUCCGUCGGAAUCCAGGAUUCCUUUGUGACGCAAAUUAUCCUCGGCGCCGUCAACUUUUUCUGCACAUUCGGCGGCUUGUACGUUAUGGAGCGGUUCGGUCGUCGGAUUCCCUUGAUAGUGGGUGGCCUCUGGCAAUCUGCAUGGCUCUUCGUCUUCGCUGCCGCCGGGACGGCCAAGAACCCUCAAGAAAACAAAGGAAUCGGAGAGCUCAUGAUUGUGUCCGCAUGCCUGUUCAUUCUUGGUUACGCUACGACCUGGGCCCCUGGUGUCUGGAUCUUGAUCGGAGAGACUUUCCCUCAGCGCACACGUGCUAAGCAAGGUGCUCUCUCGACGGCAUCGAACUGGCUCUGGAACUUCCUUCUCGCAUUCUUCACGCCAUUUAUCACCAGAGACAUCGAGUUCCGCUACGGUUUCGUCUUCGCAUCAUGUAACCUCCUCGGCGCCAUCGUCGUCUACCUCUUCCUCUACGAGUCCGCCCACAUCACCCUCGAAGCCGUGGACCUGAUGUACAACGACCCGAACUGCAAGCCCUGGACCUCGCGCCAGUGGGCACCGCCAGGAUACGCCGACAGGGACGACCUCGUCGCACAGUCAGCGGCCGCGGAGGCGCAGAAACCUCUUGCGGGCGCUACGGAAGAGAGGAUCGAGAAAACGUUGGAUUCGGACGGCGCGGGGCCGGGUCCGAAGAGCCAGAUUUAUCAUAAUGAGAACGGGAUCAGUGAAAAGACCCUGAGGGUGUAAUUAAUGGCUUGUUCAGUCCCCGCCCAAUGCACCUUUACGAAUCGCUCCAAACCCCUUCCAUGUCUCCUGCAAUAACACCUACUACAUGACGAGUGUCUGCGAUGCUUCAAUUACGAUACGAUCUGCACAAUCAUCAUCAUCGAACCUUGACGUCUUGAACUACUCGCAUUAUCCUUCAUCUUUUACUUUUUUUUCGUACUGUAAAUACUUAUGUGGCGCUGGCUGUUUCUGGAUGCGACCAUAUGUAUUUUCUAUUUAGCUUUGUUUGUUUCUUUAAAGCAAUGCAAGACGC